UUAAACCAUUGCUUCUUUCUUAUAUAUAAACGGGAGUGAGUGAAUGAGUGGCUUUGUGUGUCUUCUCAUUACCUCUGUUUCGUUUUGGUGGGUUGACUCAGAAUAAAUCCAUGGAUAGUCAUUAUGUGGGAAUGGAAGAUCUGGAAGCGUUCUUAGCUCAAGAUUCUUUGAACUCUUGGCCGGUGAAUGCAUCGGCCGGUGGCGCCGGCGAUAUGGGUUCUUCGAGUUUUGAUGACUGGUGGGAUCUCCACCAUGGAUUUCAGGAGGUUGCUGAUGGAUCAUCAUAUAUCCAAACCCAGUAUGAUCAAUCUGAUCUUGCUAAGCUGCCUUCUUAUUCUCUCCAACAACAGGAUCUUCAACAAGGAGAGCAGUUGUUAAUUGAGCAUCUGGAGCAAGGUCAUCAACCUCGACAACAACAACAACAACAACAACAACAACAACAACAACAACAAAAAGGGUCAUCACCGGAAGAGGAAGUGGAGGAGGAGGAGGAGGAGGAAGAGGAAGAGGAAGUGGAGGAGGAGGAGGAGGAAGGAGAAAGUGAUGGUAAGAAACAGAAUAGGCCAGGAAGAAGCAGGAAUCUUGUCUUUGAAAGGAAGAGAAGAAAGAGAUUGAAUCAACAGCUUAUGACACUCAGAUCUCUUGUUCCCAAUAUCACAAAGAUGGAUAAGAGAUCAAUUCUGGUUGAUGCUUUUGGUUAUCUCCAAAAUGUAUUGCAAGAGACACAGAAAAAGCUGGAGGAACUCAAUCUGAACUCUGCUUCAUCAUUGGGUGCUGCCUCCUCCUUGUCCUCAUCCUCCCCCUCCUAUUCAGGUGAGGAGUCCUCAUGUACUACCAUUGCUGAAGAUGAAGCUCCACCUGUGCCAACUUUUACUCAAGAUUGCGAUCGUUAUGCAUUGGUUCCCACUGUAACCAAGAUGGAAGCAUGUACGUUGGAUGAAGAGCGAUUCAUAUUGAAGAUUUGUUGCAAUAAGGCAGUGGGAGCAGUGGGUCUAGUCCAGAAGGCUAUUGAAAUGCUUGCAGGUUUGAAUGUUACAUGUGCUUCUGUGGACGAGCUUGAUGAUCAUCUCCACAUGCUCUCUACUACUUUCCUCCGUGUCAGGAAAAAGGGGGCUAUGACACAAGAAAAGCUUCUACGACAAUUUAGAGCAAAUGCAACAAAGUUGGGUCUUUUGCUGUAAUAAUUUUAACAAACAAAGAGGGAACCAUGUAGUAGAUCUUUCUUACCUACCUUUUGUUACCUUUUUUCAUUAUUAUAAGGUGGUUAGUGAAAGCUAGAAAUUUCGUAGCAGCUGGAUAAUGUUGUGGUUUUCUCAGAUUCUUUGAGACUAUGGUCAAUAAUAACAAUAUCCCAAUGGCAGAGAAUAUGAAAUGAAGGAUUAAACAUCUUAUUGGAAGCUA